CAUAAACACGUCUGAUAUUUUUUUUGAAUCAAAAGUCUCAAAAUGUCGAAUAGUUUUGCGAAUUUGGACGAGAAGAAUCCAUUUGAAGACCCGGCCGUCUUGGCAGCACUGAAAAUUGACAAGGGUGUUGCCAGGCAUGAAGCUGACAUAACAAAUCAUAUUAAUCAGACUGUAGAUGAUGCCAUCAAUCAAGCCAUACUUGGACCACCUCCUCCUUAUGUUUCACCAACUUUAUAUGAGAGCAGUGCAUCUGUCGACCUGCGUAGGAAACAGGAAGAACUAGAAAGAAAAGCUGCAGAACUACAGAGAAGGGAAGAGGAAAUGCAAAGGAAUGUGCAACUUCAGGUUCGCAGAAAUAAUUUUCCACCUUUGCCCUCAUUUUGCCCUCUGAAGCCCUGUUUCUUCCAAGAUAUCUCCUUUGACAUUCCAUUGCAGUUUCAGCAUUUGGUCAAACUUGGAUAUAAAGCAUGGCUAGGCUAUGUUUCAAUCUUGUCUAUAAACGUCAUAAUCAGUUUGAUAUACUUGUGUGUGUCGAUCUCGAAUGACAUCUACAAUACAUCCGGGGCCACAUUCGGGUCUUCCAUAUUUUUGCUCAUUCUCUUUCUGCCCUGUUCAUUCAUUUGCUGGUUCAGACCUCUGUAUAAUGCUUUUAGAGCUGACAGUUCUUUCAACUUCUUUCUUUUCUUCUUUGUAUUCUUCAUGCAGUUCUGUGUAAGCAUCAUUCAGUCACUUGGUAUGAGUAGCUUUGGAACUGUCGGCAUAAUAAGUAGCAUCUCCAUGUUCAUGCACGGCACUGCUGGGUGCAUAUUCGUUGGACUUCUCAUGCUGCUCGUCGGUGUUGCAUUUCUCGUCCUGGCCGCUAUUGAUCUAUCUCUUUUACUUAAGGUCCACCGCAUCUACAGAAGCACGGGAGCUUCAUUUGCCAAGGCGCAACAAGAAUUCACCCAAGACAUCCUGGCCAAUAGAACAUUUCAGCAGGCAGCUACCAGCCUCAUAACAACUGGGGGCACGGCCCAAAACAACAGCUGCAGUGGCAACAAUGUAAACAACAACUUAGCAGCUGAACCUAUAAAUAGAUAUUGAGUUAUUAAUAGAUCAUGGUCCAAUGAAUAGAUAUUGAGUUAUUUAUAGAUGUCUAACUUGUAGAAAGAUUCUGCUAAUUGUAGAUAAUUUGAUAAAUAUUGAGUUAUUAAUAGCCGUUGGUCUUAUAAAUAGAAUUUGAUUUAUUAAUAAAUGUUAUUCCUAUAAAUAGAUAUUGAGCUAUUGCUAUUGAGUCAUAUUAGAUUUCGAGUUAUUAAUAAAUGAUGAUGCUCUUAUAAAUAAAUAUUCAAGAUGGUCCUAUAAAUAGAUUUCGAGUUAUUUAUAGAUGUUGAUUCUAAAAAUAGAUUUUGCUCCCAUAAAUAGAAUCCAUCUCAUUAAUAAACGUCUACCUAAUUAUAUACCGUGAUCGAAUUUUCAAAGUGGGUUGCUUUGCAGUUGAUUCCGUCAAUGGCUGUUGGUCUAAUAAACAGAUACUUCCCCCUUAUAAAAUAGAAAUCGACUUUUAAAUGGAUUUUAACCUAUCUCCUUUUAAGAAGUUAACCACGUCAUGAAGCCAUUGGUUUUAUA